UUUCAUUUAUAAUCAGAAUUAGUGAGAGAUGGCAUGAAUUGGUGUAAAUUGAUGUCUAAAUUAACAUAAACUCGUAUUUAAGGCACAUAUGAAGUGUGAAGAGGGAGUGAAGUGGUGUCUGAUGUCGUGAUCUUUUCUCUUCGAGCUCUUCAAAUCGAAUUAUACAUACAUUGCAUAACCAAUUAUGACGAGGGAUGCGGUUCAAGGGCGACGACAGCCCUCAUCUGUCGACUGCAAGACACACGUUGGGAACGGCUUUAGUCGACAACAUAACGCCUCACACGAGAGUAUAACUCUGUUGAACAGCAGUAGUGGCCAUAGAGACUAUCGCACCACUCAUACCAUGUCUGACAAACCGAGUGUCAAGAAGUCCGACAGUUCCCAAUCGGUGAACGAUGGCCUACAGCUCAAGAAGGAGUUGGGCCUUCUCAACGGCGUGGCCAUCAUUGUGGGCAUUAUCGUCGGCAGCGGUAUAUUCGUGUCGCCCAGAGGUGUCUUAGAAGAGGCGGGUUCUGUCGGUUUGGCGCUCAUUGUGUGGAUCUCGUCGGGUAUCCUCUCAGGAAUCGGUGCCCUCUGUUAUGCAGAGUUGGGCACAUCUAUACCGAAGUCCGGCGGAGAUUACGCUUACAUUAACGAAGCGUUUGGACCGUUGCCCGCAUUCCUUUUCCUAUGGGUUGCGCUAUUGAUUAUAAUGCCGGUGGGAAACGCCAUCGCGGCCCUCACUUUCGCCAAUUAUAUACUUCAGCCACUGUUUCCCACAUGCGAUCCGCCGGACAACGCCGUCAGACUCGUCGCCGCGAUUGUUAUUUGUUUGCUAACAUUUGUCAACUGUUAUAACGUUAGCUACGCUACGAAAGUGCAGAAUGUGUUCACAUUCGCCAAAAUAGCUGCCCUCAUAUUAAUAGUCAUUUGCGGUUUUGUGCAUCUAAUACGUGGAAACGGACAGAAUCUGUCGUAUCCCAAGUCCUUUGACAACACCAACACAUCUCCCAGCAAAAUAGCUCUGGCCUUUUACUCAGGCCUAUUCUCAUACGCCGGUUGGAAUUACUUGAAUUUCGUAACCGAGGAAUUGAAGGAACCAUAUAAAAAUUUGCCCAGGGCUAUUUAUAUAUCGCUACCAUUAGUGACAAUUAUCUAUUUGCUGACAAAUAUCGCGUACUUCGCUGUCUUAACGCCGGAUGAAGUGUUGACAUCCAAUGCGGUCGCCGCC